GCGAUCGGGCCCUUAAAACCCCUCCAUUUGCAUUAGAUCAGAGUCUCGCACACACGCUCACACCAAUGGCUUCUCGAAAGCUUCUCUCAUCUCUUCUCCGGACCUCCGUCCGCCGUCCGAUCUCCAGGUCCGUACUCUCCAACCCUAGAUCUCCACUCCCUCGUCCUUCUCCUGUCGGCCACCUCCUCGCCCGCGCGGCUAACUAUGCCAGCUCCGCCUCCGCCGCCGCUCCUGCGGCCUCAACUCCCUCUGCCGCCAAGGGGGCUGGACCCAGCGGCAAGAUUACAGACGAGUUCACAGGCGCUGGAGCCAUCGGGCAGGUGUGCCAGGUGAUCGGAGCCGUCGUGGAUGUUAGAUUCGAUGAAGGUUUGCCUCCGAUCUUGACGGCACUGGAGGUUCUGGACAAUUCGAUCCGGUUGGUUCUGGAGGUCGCUCAGCAUUUGGGAGAGAACAUGGUGAGGACGAUCGCUAUGGACGGUACGGAAGGGCUUGUCAGAGGACAGAGAGUCCUCAACACUGGUUCUCCUAUCACUGUUCCUGUGGGUAGGGCAACCCUUGGACGGAUCAUAAAUGUUAUUGGAGAGCCUAUUGAUGAGAGGGGUGACAUAAAAACCGAUCACUUUCUGCCUAUCCAUCGAGAAGCUCCAUCCUUUGUUGAUCAGGCUACUGAACAACAGAUUCUUGUUACUGGAAUUAAGGUUGUCGAUCUUCUUGCACCAUAUCAAAGAGGUGGAAAGAUUGGGCUCUUUGGUGGUGCUGGUGUAGGGAAAACUGUUCUUAUUAUGGAACUUAUUAACAAUGUUGCUAAAGCUCAUGGUGGUUUCUCUGUCUUUGCUGGUGUGGGAGAACGCACUCGUGAGGGGAAUGAUUUGUACAGAGAAAUGAUCGAAAGUGGUGUCAUUAAGCUUGGCGAGAAGCAGAGUGAAAGCAAGUGUGCACUUGUGUACGGUCAAAUGAAUGAGCCUCCUGGUGCUCGUGCUCGUGUUGGGCUUACUGGUCUUACUGUGGCUGAGCACUUCCGUGAUGCUGAAGGGCAAGAUGUGCUCCUCUUUAUUGAUAACAUUUUCCGCUUUACCCAAGCAAACUCAGAGGUGUCUGCUUUGCUUGGUCGUAUCCCAUCUGCUGUUGGUUAUCAGCCUACUUUGGCUACAGAUCUUGGAGGUCUUCAGGAGCGUAUUACCACAACCAAGAAAGGUUCCAUCACAUCUGUCCAAGCUAUUUAUGUGCCUGCUGAUGACUUGACAGAUCCAGCUCCAGCAACCACUUUUGCCCAUCUUGAUGCCACAACAGUGUUGUCUCGUCAGAUUUCUGAGCUUGGUAUUUAUCCUGCUGUUGACCCCUUGGAUUCCACAUCUCGCAUGCUCUCCCCCCAUAUUUUAGGAGAAGAGCAUUAUAACACUGCUCGUGGCGUUCAGAAGGUUCUCCAGAACUAUAAGAAUCUUCAAGAUAUUAUUGCCAUUUUGGGAAUGGAUGAGCUUAGUGAAGAUGACAAGUUGACUGUUGCUCGUGCUCGUAAAAUUCAAAGGUUCUUGAGCCAGCCUUUCCAUGUUGCUGAAGUGUUCACGGGAGCCCCUGGAAAAUACGUAGAACUAAAAGAGAGCAUUACCAGUUUCCAAGGUGUCCUGGAUGGAAAAUACGAUGAUCUUUCUGAGCAGUCUUUCUACAUGGUUGGUGGAAUUGAAGAAGUUAUUGCCAAGGCUGAGAAAAUUGCCAAGGAGUCAGCUGCUUAAUUCAACCCAGUUUGCUCCCUUGUUCUCACAAAAAUUGGAAAAACUAAUAAUUUAGUUGGAACCGACAUGCCCAAGAGCUGCAUUUUUUCUUUUUAAUUUUGAGAUCAAACGAUAUCUGGACUUUCCAUUAGAAGUUUUACUUUUUUGUUAGUUGUAGGAAGAAACAUGAGUUUAGGGCAUGCUUUUCCCCGGCCCCUUUUCCAUUCUGUGCAAUAAGAAAGGUACAUGCUUGUGUGUAUUUAAUAUGCUUGUUUGAAUCCAAACCUUAUUUUGUUUAAACCA